UGUCGUAUACAACAUAUUCUCGUUAUUUGUUUAUAUAGUUGAAAAGGUGGAAUUUCUAUAGUAUAUGACCUUGUUUGACAAAUUCUACUACCAGUUAGCUAUUUAUUUAUUCGGGUCAAAAGGUGGAUCUUCUCGUUUAUUUGUUUAUCCAGGUUAACAACCCCCUUUGGUCAGCGAAUUGAAAAAAAUUGAUUGUACAUUACGAAAUACAAGUGUUACUUAUGUAUAAAAAGUGUAAAGCACAUUGGGAUUACAUUUACUAGUAGUUGAAUCUUAUAGGAAAAGGUUACCGUUAUGUUACAUCAACUCUAUACCGCGUUAGACCUUACAACUGUGUUGACAUUUUUACUUGUGUUAAUUGUGAGUUAUUUAAUAUGGAACUAUUUUUUCACUGUCCAGCGAGUAAAUAUUCCGGGACCAGCACCUUGGCCUAUAGUUGGAAACCUGCCACAUAUUGCGGGUACGCGAGAUGUAGGAAAAAGAUUGUUGGAGUUUAGGAAAAAAUAUGGCGACAUGGUAUUCCUUCGAUUUGGUCCACAACCUAUACUUGUGUGUUUUGGUUAUAAGCUGGUUCGGGAAGUUUUGUUUGUCAAUGGGGAACAAACCAAGUUCAGGCCGUCUUGGAUGUAUCUUAUCAAAAAGUUCUUUCCGAAAAUGACAGGUAUUUUCUUCAGCGAUGGCAAAACAUUGUCGGAUGGACGAAAAUUUACAAUUGUUGCACUCAAAGAUUUUGGAGUAGGUAAAAAGACGAUAGAUGAACGUAUACACGAGGAAGUUCAAUACCUUGUGGACGAAUUCUCCAAAAAUCCAGAAAAGCCUGUCGACGUAUUCAAAGUAUUUCCUAUGGCUACUUCCAAUAUUAUAUCAAAUAUAAUAUUUGGAUCAAGGUUCAAUUACGAUGAUGAAGAAUUCAAGGAGAUGUUAUAUCACAUUUAUUUCAUAUUCAAAUCUGCUACCCUUGCUGCUCCUGAGAAUUUCUUUCCAAUAAUUGAUAAACUGAAACCAUGGAAUACGAGCACACAGGUUGCGGGACAUAUGGCAGCUGUCAGAACGUAUGUGCGUUCCAGAGUGGAUAAACAGCGAGAUUCAUUUGACCCAAAUAAUAUUCGAAACUUUAUUGACCUUUACCUGGAUCAAGAGGGAAAACCAAAUUCAAAAAUAUCAGAGGACUUUCUCUUUCAAGUGAUUGUAGACAUCUACCAAGCAGGAACCAAUACCACAGCUAUCUCCCUUGUCUGGUGCAUGUUGCACAUGCUGAAAUAUCCGGAGGUUCAGAAAAAAUGUAGAGAUGAAGUCAUGAAAGUUAUUGGGGAUGGUAGAUUUCCAACUUCUAAGGACAAAGUCUCGCUUCCAUACGUUAUGGCUACAAUACGGGAAGUUCAAAGACUUGCAGCUGUAGCUCCAGUUGCCACACCUCAUGCAUUACUAGAAGACACGUACAUCGAUGGUAAACUCGUACCGAAACAUACUGUAAUAUUGUGUCAUUUGAUGUCUGUGCUUUACGAUCCUACCGAAUGGCAAGAAUCAGAAAAGUUUCGGCCUGAAAGGUUUCUAGGAGAAAAGGGAGAGCUGAUUAAACCCGAGGCUUUUUGUCCGUUCUCCAUGGGGCCCAGGACAUGCAUUGGACAACAGUUAGCUUCAAACGAAGUCUUCUUAUUUUUCACUUCAUUCCUUCAGCGGUUCAACUUCACCAAAGUUAACAAAGAUGAUUUUUUGUCUUCAAACGGAGAACAUACAGGUGUGACUCGUCAACCAGACCCAUUUCAGAUGUGUUUUAAACCUAUCUAACAUUCAAUAGUUGGUACAUUCUUCAUUUCAAGAGUUUAGAUUAGUCUAUUAACAUGAGUCAGUAGUUUCUGUGUGACUUUUCAUCUUCAUGAAUGUAUUUAGCCAACAACAAAAAUAUGCAUCACGUUAUGAUAGUCUGCUGCUUCACGUAGAUUAAUGUAGAUCUUGUUUGAUCAAAAUGGCAUUGUUAUCUAUAGCAACAAAAGUUUUUUAAUUACAGUACUGUAAUUUGAUAAGAGGACUGUAGCUAACUUAAGACUUUAGACAGUGGUUAAUAUAGGGACAAUGUAAUCCUUUAUGAAGUAUAUUACAUAAUGUGCCAAUUUAAAUCGGAUCUAUAUUUUAUUCCUGUAGAAAUAUAGAUAUAGAAAUUUAGAAAAUAAUAUAUAUCUUAAAUGUCUCUCUAAUUCGCAGUUAUAAAGACAUCGGUGUUUUUCGAACGUCACCGAUGAGUCUUCUUUAGACGAAAUGCGUGUCUGGCGUACACAUCUAUAAAUCUGGUAUCCAGAUACAUGAUUUUUUGUAAAGCCAUCUCAUAUGCUUUAAUCUAAAGUACGCAUGGUUAUGGUACUAAGUCAGUGAUAUUUGUAUUUAAUUUUAUGGUAUAAUUAAAAUGUACAGAAUGGA